ACACUCCGACCCCACAUCAAUAAACAUAUUUUUGUACUAGCAUACAGGUCUCACACGCAGUAAAUAUAAUUAACAAUCAAAUAAAUAUAGAAAUUUUGAAUUUGAAAAUUUUUAUUGAGUGCCAAGAAUUUCUGUAAAUGUCACUAAUGGAUUCAAGCGGAUUAUCAAAAGACGACCAAGACAAACUAAUAAAAAUUCAAGAACUUACUGUUAUCUUAAAGGAAACGGACAAAAAUUUGACAGCUUGUGAAGAUAUCCUUAAAACUUACAUUGAAAAUCGAUUGAGGGACAAAAAAGAAGAGAAACGACGUCACAGUAAUUUGGAAAACAGGAUGACUGAGAUAUUAGAUAAUUUAAAAAAUCGAUUGUUAAUUGAACAGUAAAUGGAAUUAAUAGAAUUAUACAUUAGAUAAUAAAAUAAAUAUUACUUCUGACAAAAUUUAUUUUUUUUUGUA